AUGUAUUAUAAAAUAACGUUUAUAAAGAAAUAUUCUGAAAAUAAUCCAUAUUUAUUUUUGACUCGCAUUAUAAUUUGGACAUUUUUGAUUUAUAAGGUUCAUUCAAAGUUAGAUCAACGACAUAACGGAAAUAUAUAUGGCCUACAGAACGAAACAUUGGUUAACCAACAAAGAGGAAUACGACUUGAUGUACGCAAAACUUUGGCAAUACAAUUCUAUAAAAACAACACAAAGACAUUGGAAACCUAUCUUCCGCUGACAGAAAAUAAACUGGAUAAAUCCGGAUGUUUACCAUCAGAGAAAUUUUCAAUUGUACUUCAUGGAUGGAUUCAAAGUUGUUCGGAUGAAUGGGCAGUUGCACUAAUCGAGCGGUUGAGCUUUUACCGCAGAGGCUGUGUAAUAUGUAUUGAUUACAGCUAUGUCGCAAGCUCCUCUUAUGUCAGGUUGUACGCCAACUUUGAGUAUAUAUCCGAAGUUAUUGUUUCGAUCGUAAUAUCCCUUUUUCAAUACGGCUUUGAUCCCAGCCGGGGAUACUUGUUUGGAUUCAGCUUUGGUGGGCAACUAGCAUCAGCUGUGGGACGAAUAUUACAGCCACAGUUUACUAUACAAAAUAUAGACACUUGUGAUAUGGCUGGACCUGGAUUCGAUCCAAUUGACAUAGACCAUUCGAAAGCCGGAAAGAUCGUUCAAUGUUUUCAUACAAGUCGGGAUAAAGGAACUUUGAUAUAUUCUUGCCACAGAAAUAUCAUGUUGGGCAGCUGUGGACUAAGCCAGCCCUCCGUCGCAAGUCAAUUACAUCUUGGAAGUCAUGGUCUAUGCGUCGACAUUUAUAUAAAUACCUUUGAUUAUCCUUUUUAUGCAUUGAGAAUACCCCCACCUGAAUGCAUAUCAUUAACUAAAGCAGCGAACAUACCAAAUGAUUAUACUGUGGGAUACCAGGAAAAUUUCAACAAGCAAGUUUUUGGUAAAAUUUUUGUGCCAACAAGUUUACAUUAUCCCUACAACCUAUCAAAAAAGGAACUUCAACUUAUUUCUAGGAUGAAUGACUAAAAAGAUCAUCAUAUAUAUAACACAAUUGAAAGUAAAAAUA